GCCUCGCCGCCAUCUUGUUUCACCGCCACUUCGCGCUCUCUCCGUCCCUCUCAUCCCCGCCCCCCUCGUUGCGGCCGGGAGCGCGCAGGCGGCGGGUGACCCGCCGGCAUUCAUCUCUGCGGCCGAAGCGCAACGGACGCCACGGACUCUGAUCAAGCCGUUACCAUAAUGUCCACGGAUGGGGGCUUUGCAGGAGGCAACAGCGAUGCCCAGCAGUGCCUUCAGUCUUUCUGGCCUCGUGUUAUGGAAGAGAUUCGAAACCUAACAGUGAAAGACUUCAGAGUUCAGGAACUUCCAUUGGCACGCAUUAAGAAGAUCAUGAAACUAGAUGAAGAUGUGAAGAUGAUCAGUGCAGAAGCCCCCGUCCUGUUUGCCAAGGCUGCUCAGAUAUUCAUCACAGAGCUGACGUUACGGGCCUGGAUACACACAGAAGACAAUAAGCGCAGGACAUUGCAGAGAAAUGACAUUGCCAUGGCCAUCACCAAAUUUGAUCAGUUUGACUUUCUCAUUGACAUCGUUCCAAGGGAUGAACUUAAACCUCCUAAGCGUCAGGAGGAGGUGCGCCAGGCCGUGACCCCGGCAGAGCCCGUCCAGUACUACUUCACGCUCGCCCAGCAGCCCGCGGCUGUCCAAGUGCAGGGGCAGCAGCAGGGGCAGCAGACGACCACGUCCACGACGACCAUCCAGCCAGGGCAGAUCAUCAUCGCACAGCCCCAGCAAGGGCAGACCACCCCUGUCACCAUGCAGGUGGGCGAAGGACAGCAGGUGCAGAUCGUCCAGGCGCAGCCCCAGGGGCAAGCCCAGCCAGCGCAGAGCGGGACUGGGCAGACCAUGCAAGUCAUGCAGCAGAUCAUCACCAACACUGGCGAAAUCCAGCAGAUACCGGUGCAGCUCAACGCCGGCCAGCUACAGUAUAUCCGCUUAGCUCAGCCUGUGUCUGGCACCCAGGUGGUCCAGGGUCAGAUCCAGACUCUCGCAGCCAGUACACAGCAGAUUGCACAGACAGAAGUUCAACAGGGGCAGCAGCAAUUCAGCCAGUUUACAGAUGGACAGCAACUGUACCAGAUCCAGCAAGUGACUAUGCCUGCCGGUCAGGACAUCACCCAACCCAUGUUCAUUCAAUCCACCAAUCAGACGACAGAUGGACAGGCCCCCCAGGUUACAGGAGACUGAGCUGGUCCAGCCAGAAGGCUUCCUUCCAACUUGACUAAGAGACCACCAAGCAGGUCCAGGAGGUCUCCUUAACGUUCCUCCUCCCCAUCUCUUCCCUAGUAUGUAUCUUCAUUCGGUAUAAAGCAACCAAGGGCUGAGAGCGGCGUUGCAUUAUAUGAACUGCUUCAAACUGGUGGGGGAAAGUAUUCUCCUGAACUGACAGCGAUGCAAUAUUUUGGUUUUUAGAAGUUUCAAAUUCUGCAUCGCUCCAUGAUUGUGCUCUGUGUACAGAAAUACAUUUUAUACAGCUCUGUCAAGCAGUGUUGCUACUCUUUGUUUCUUUAACGGUCCAGCGUCUUUUCUUGGUCCCUCCCACUUCCCCAUCCAGUCAACAACCAACUUCCCGGAUGUGCAUCCAUAUCACCUGUGCUUUCGCUUUAGAGGGACAUCUCCUACUUGUGUAACUUAGUCACAAUGUAUAUGAGUGUAUGUACAAGUGUGUGUGUGUGUGAGAGAGAGAGGGGGGGUGGGGAGGGGGAGGAAUGGGCAAGUGGAAUUUCCAGUUUUUUAAAUAAUGUCCCAAGUGUAGCUUCCAAGGACAACCCCCCCCCCCCAGAUGUGUUCCUACAUUAAGCCUAUUUUCUAAAGCCUUUAAAGUUGCCCUUGCAUUAUUUUGGAAAUAUUUAACAGUCUGGAUGCGUGGAUUUGAGUUAUUGGUUAAGUGUAUGAAGAAGAUGUUCCAUCAAAGCAUGUGUUUAAAAGCUGCAUGAAAUGCAAUAAACUUUUUUUUAAUAUGCUA